AUGCCACCGUCCCACAUCCUCUUCGACUUUAUGCAUUGCUACCUGUGCAAUGGAGUCGCAUCGUGGGAGGUAGGGUUGCUCAUGGAGAAAAUUUGCACUGGCACGGAUAUCACCAGAGAAGUGUUGGGGAUCGCCGCUAAGGAGGCUGGAUGGCGUGGCACUGCAGCAUCCGGCAAAAACCGGCCUAGCUACCUGCCAGCUUUGUGGCACGAGCGCUUGUUUGGGGACAGUCUGUACAAGGGUCAAGCGCAUCAAACAGCUGCCAUUGUACCUUUGUUGCGAUACUAUCUGGAGGAAGUAUUUCGGCCAAGCACUCAACUUCCAACAGAGGUGGUCUCGUCAUUCAGCCGUCUUGCCAACUGUGUUGCCUUUAUUCGUUAUCUGAACAACCGUAUGGAAAAGAUUUCCGAACGGGAAGCAAAGCACUUGGAUGAGCUACAGCGCCAGCAUCAACAGGCAUUCGUCCAAGCAUACCCAGACAGCAUCAAGCCCAAGCAUCACAUAAGAUUUCACUUACCGGAGCAAUAUCUCAAAACAGGUAUCUUUUUGAGUUGUGAGUGCUUGGAGAGCAAGCACAAGCAAUACAAAUCGGGUGUUGCGCAGAAUCAGAGGAGCACCUGCAAAGACUUUGCUCAGUUUAGUUCUUCUGUUCUUCAGCGGCUCCUUCAAAAGAAUUUGAAGCUCUUGCAAGACAAGGGACUACCGUUUUGGCAACUGAUGCCACCCAUCCACGACGCUAGUCUGGACGACAAACUGGCCUUUGUAACCUUGAACUUGACAACCAGUGAAAGCUGCUACUUGACCAGCGGCGUGGUCUCAAAGACCGACAUUGUCCUUUGGCAAUACACGGCUGGUGUUGUGCAAUCGUGGUUCUAUGAUCCCGCAACUGGUUUCUACCUGCGCUGCUUGAAACUCGACUUCGUACGAGACACCACCUGGGGAACCGUUUGGAAAUUGACUGACGACAAUGAGGAGAUUGUACUGGAAGUGAAACCUCAAGAUUCAACUUGGUUGCUGUGCUCACGCACCAUGGAAGCGCUGCUCCUUUUUGCUGGGCAAAUUGCUGCCCAUGUUGCUACUUUGACUGAUGAGUCCAGAUUGGAUGAGCUGGAGAUGUCACGAGAAGGUUGCAGGAACUUAUGCAUCCAUGUUGGGCUUGGACCCCACACAGCUUGCAUUGGACUCCUGUGGUGCUCGAUCACAGCUGCGCAGUGUCAGCUCAAUGGUCUCGCUGGCCAUGACAUUACGGUGGAGUCGAUGGGAGUGAAAAGCCAGGUGAUGGGCUUCGAAGUUCUGAAAAAGUUGAACUACUACCAGCGGUUCUAUUUGCGCAAAGAGCUGAAGAUGUUGGAAUCCUGGCUUCCCAACUGGAGCCACAUGGUGCCCCAACUCAUCCCAGAAGUGGAGAGUGUUUUGACGGAAGUGUUUGAAGCAUUGGCGAUGGAUUGA